CUUGACAUGUGAUUAAGAAAAGCAUGUCUUUUAAAUGGCCGCUCUUGGUUUUGGAAGCACUACUUCGAUCCAUAAGGUUUAGGGCAUGGAAAAAUAACUCCCGUAAUUCUGAGGCGUCAACUUAGGUGAGCCUUGGCACAAACUCUUCCGUCGUUUCCUCUCUCAACCGCCCAAGUUUUCCGUCGAGGAUCUCUAUUCCUCUUACCCCAAAUUGCCGGAGCUUGCAUCAGAUUACAAUAACUUCAGAGCUCCACUCUCUUCAUAGGCUUGUGGUACUAUGGCCUCUGUAAUUUUUUCAGCACCAAUGAUUACAAGGCAUGCAUUCAUCAAAACUCAACUUAAUAAUCUUAAUUUUUUGAAAAUCCCCAAACAAAGAUAUCUUUCCACCUCACCUUGCUCUCAACACAAAACCUGGCCAUUGCUAUGCACAAAACUAUUCCCUUGGGAAACUUCAACUCCCUAUUCUUCCACCGAUGAUGAGCGAAACAUUAUCAAAGGCGGUAACAUCGUCGAACCCAUAGAUGCUGAACAAUCAACUGAACUUCCACUGCUCCAGAGUAAACAAGACAUCAUAGACAUGACCGAACAAUGGUAUUUACAGCAGCCGCAUCCACCCAAAUGGCCAAUGUGGCUCAUGGGUCCUUCCAUUCUCUUAGCAACAGGAAUGUUACCGACCCUUUGGCUGCCUCUAUCAUCCGUCUUCCUCAGUCCAAACAUAGCCGGACUUCUCUCUUUACUCGGCCUAGACUGCAUUUUCAACAUUGGUGCAACCUUGUUCCUUCUCAUGGCCGAUGCCUGCGCUCGCCCAAGGCAAAGUUCCUCACCCCUCAAAAUCCAAGUUCCUCUUCCUUAUAAACUGUGGAAUAUGGGGGCAAAUCUGCUUGGUUUUUGCGCACCGAUACUGUUGAUUUUUGCCUCGCACAGAGGUUCGCUCGUGCCGGAGCUUUCAUUCAUCUCCUUUGCUGUGCUGCUCGUACCCUACCUUCUGCUUCUAUCCGUGCAGAUGCUGACAGAAAUGCUAACUUGGCACUGGAAAUCUCCAGUUUGGUUGGUGACGCCAAUAGUGUAUGAGGCUUACAGGAUAUUGCAGCUGAUGAGGAGUCUAAGACUGGGAAGUGAGGUAUGCGCUCCUGAAUGGGCUAUCGCUAGCAUCAGGCUUCUGGUUUCAUGGUGGGUUUUAAUUCUGGGAAUUCAGCUCAUGAGAGUUGCUUGGUUUGCUGGUUUGAACUAUGGAAGCCGCCUAUCUGAUGAGGCCACCGGCUGAGCAGAUGAUUCUUUGUCAGGGAAGAUGCUGUUAAUAUCUAGUAUGAAGCACAGUUAUUAGGGAAAUUUACAUAUAUAUAUAUAUACACAUAAUUCGCA